CAAUAACAAUCCAUUAAUCAGAAUGCUGAGUGAGUGGAUUAUUUGGGGCAACACAGAACUACCCCCCCCCCCCCCAUGGCCAGGCAUGUACGCUGAGGGUUUCAAAAACAAGAAAGUACAGCUGCCCAAUGGGUGUCUGCACCCAGAGACACGUUCCUAGUAGCCCUUUCAAGGGUUGCAAAGAAACAAAAUAUUUGUCUGUGGCCAAAAAAACUUGGGAUGUCUUCACGUUGUUGCCAACCCCCGACACAUGGACAGCAAGGGCUGGCUCAGGAGUGUGACUCAAAGGAAGGCCUCCACAUCCCUUUCCCAAAGGAGACUUUCAUUCCUGCAUAUGUGCCAUAGGUUCGCCACCACAGGUCUGUGAGCUCAAGCUAACUUCUGACUGCUGUUUUAUUGUCGGGAGAAGCAGGACCCCAAACUUUGUAUCAACACUUGAACCCUUUCCAAAGGCCAGUCCUGCACAUGGCACUUAGCCAAGAAACCCAGUUAUCUGAAGACACAGUAGCAAAAUACAGCAAUUUGCAGCAGCAAAUGAGGAGUCAGUAAAAGUAUUCAUUGGGGAAUUUAUUCCCAGCAAUGCAGAGUGAAGACGCUCUCUCAAGGGGAGUGAAAUAACGUAGCUCAACUAAGAAAGUCCCAGAUCUUACCCAAGGGGCUGCUCCCCAAAGUGUAGCAAGUUGGGGAGAGGGAGGUGAUGAGACUACCCUCUCCUCUUAUGCCAGCUUCUUCCCAGCCUUUUCCUUUAGCAAUCUGAAGUAGGGUUGGCCUCUCCUCUCCUCUCUUCUGUGGCUCGUUCAGUCUCUAUUUCUGUCUCUGUCUCUCUCCCUCUCCCUGACUCCCUCCUCUUCUCAUCUCUUCUGUCUUCAUCUCUCUCCCACUCCCCUCCUUCAUGUCUCUCUGUCCCUCUCAGCUGGAAGUCAGAAUCUCCUGAAGCAAUUGCAUGGCCCCAGAAUGAUGCAGAGGCGCCGAUCUCUACCAGUGAGCAGGAGAAUAGGCUUUGGGCCUGGGGUUCCACUGCAAUGGAAAAGUCUUGCAUGUCCAUACAAGAGUGAUUGGGGGGGCUAGAGGAGGGCCACCCCUUCUGAUUUUGGAGGAUUUAAUUCAUGAGAUCAGAGUUGGAGCUAGAAAGGGACCUUCUGGGCCCUCUGAUCCAACACUCAUUUUUCUAGAUUUAAAAUGGGAAGCUGAAAACAUAGAUGGAGAACUGGAAGGGGAGACCCAAUUGCAGCUCUCUGAGCUGUUUGCAGGGAACCUGAGUAGCUGCUUAGGCUUGUACCCCACAGAGACGAAGGCAAGUCACAGGUAUAAUGAAGGGGUGUGUGUGUGUGUGUGUGUGUGCCCUUAAAGAGCUCACUGGGAGUGGACAAUACAUCCAUGGAGAAGUAGGGCUGGACUGGCACAGAGAUUGUGGGAGGAGAGGUCAAAGGAAAAGGGCUGGAGGGGGGGAGCCAUUCUUGACUCCGGAGAGGAUGGGCCACCGAGCAUUUGGGAACGGAAGGGUGAUGGGUUCAGAGCUGUUCUAAGACAGAUCACUUAGGCAGCUGAGUGGAGGAUGGAUUGGAGAAUCAAGCAACUGGGGGAGGGGGGACUGGUGAGAGGGCUGACCCCAAUACUCCAGGCCUGUGGUGCUGAGGGUGCGAAGGAGGGCAGAGGCUAUGCAACCGGAGAGAAGGAGGUGGAUGUGAGAGAUGGAAACAGAAUCUAAAAUGGGCAACUUUUAACCUAGAUCCCAGAAGGAGCCUCCGUACACCACGUCUAGCUGUCUUCGUCUCUAGGUUUUGGGACACUGACUGUCUCUCCUUCUCUGAGGGUUCCUCCUCCAGAUUAUGCCCUCUAACCAUAGGUGUCCUUCAGGGCUCCGUCCUGGGCCCUCUGAAUGGCUUCACCUGGUGUCUCAUCAGCUCCCAUGGAUUUAAUGCCCAUCUCUAGGCUGAAGAUUCUCCCCUUCCUGCUCCAACCUCUCUGCUGAUUCCAGUCUCACACCUCCAACGGCCUUUCCCGGCCUGAAUGUCCAGUAGACAAAUCCUUCCGUGCCCAACAGAACUCAUCUGUCCCCCUAAAUCCUCCCCUCUCCAUAGACUUGCUGAGGCUCACACGAAGCCCGGAAGGCAUCACCUCUCAAACACGCCUCGCUGCUGCUCGGAGCAGAUCGACCCGCUCAAGUCUCUCUCCCCGACGAUCCAUCCUCUCUUCGGCCGCUAGAGCGAUUUUCCUGAACCCAAGACUGAUGCCGGGCCCCCUCCCCCCAGGAAACUCCAGCGGCGGCUGCCUAUAGCCUCCACAGUACUAAAUACCGCUCGGCCCUGGAAGCCCUUCGUCUCCCGCCUCCUUCCACCUGACUCCCGCCCAGGCUGUGAUGCGCUCACCAGCUCCUCGCUCCCGGGGUUUCCAGAGGAAGCUCUCCCUCCUCAUCUCACCUAAGCCACCGCCCGGCCUCCCUGGCUUCCUUCAGUCCCCAGCUGAAACCCCGCCUUCCACUGGGAGCCUUUCUCUCCGCCGAUGACGGUUCUGCUGGAAUCCAGAGAGCACAACUAGGAGCCGGAGGUGUAAGUUACAGAGACCCGGAAAAAAUCCCCCCAAAUCAGCUCCAUCCAGAAAGAGGCUGGGCUGCCUUUUGGAGGUAGUGAGCUCCUCAUCCUAGAAGGUCUCCAAGCAGAAGCUGAAUGGUUUUUUGUGUGUGAGGGGUGGGACGGAGUUCUCCCACUACGAACCUCCCCAACUCCGAGACUGGAACACUUGAGGACCUGUUUGUGCUCCUUUAAUCGCUAUCGGCAAUCGGGACUACAACUCCCAGAAUCCACUGAGGCGGGGAGGUGUGUUCCGGCGCCCGCCUUCCGCCCAGAAUAUUCCGAGGGCAUCAUGGGGCUGAAGGCUGCCCAGAAGAACCUUUUCCCUCUCCGCUCCAUUGAUGAUGUGGUGAGACUCUUUGCUGCUGAGUUGAAUCGGGAGGAGCCUGACUUGGUGCUGCUGUCCCUGGUCCUGGGCUUCGUGGAGCACUUCUUAGCAGUCAACCGGGUGAUCCCCACCAAUGUGCCAGAGCUCACCUUCCAGCCCAGCCCGGCCCCUGACCCCCCAGGUGGCCUCACCUACUUCCCAGUGGCUGACCUCUCCAUCAUUGCAGCCCUCUAUGCCCGCUUCACUGCCCAGAUCCGAGGUGCCGUGGACCUGUCUCUGUACCCCCGAGAGGGCGGCGUUUCCAGCCGAGAGCUAGUGAAGAAGGUCUCGGAUGUCAUAUGGAACAGCCUCAGCCGUUCCUACUUCAAGGACCGGGCUCACAUCCAGUCCCUCUUCAGCUUCAUCACAGGUACCAAGCUGGACAGUUCUGGAGUGGCCUUUGCAGUGGUGGGGGCUUGCCAGGCCUUGGGCCUCCGAGAUGUCCACCUGGCCCUGUCUGAGGACCACGCCUGGGUCGUGUUCGGCCCUGAUGGAGAGCAGACGGCCGAGGUCACGUGGCACGGGAAAGGCAACGAGGACCGACGGGGACAGACCGUGAACGCCGGCGUAGCGGAACGAAGCUGGUUGUACCUGAAGGGGUCCUAUCUGCGCUGCGACCGGAAGAUGGAGGUAGCCUUCAUGGUGUGCGCCAUCAACCCCUCCAUCGACCUACACACCGAUUCUCUGGAGCUGCUCCAGCUGCAGCAGAAACUUCUCUGGUUGUUGUAUGACUUGGGACACUUGGAAAGGUACCCGAUGGCUCUGGGUAACCUGGCCGACCUGGAGGAACUGGAACCCACACCCGGCAGGCCGGACCCUCUCACCAUCUACCACAAGGGCAUCGCCUCCGCCAAGACCUACUAUCGGGAUGAGCACAUCUACCCCUACAUGUACCUGGCCGGCUACCACUGCCGCAAUCGCAACGUGCGAGAAGCCCUGCAGGCCUGGGCCGACACGGCCACCGUCAUCCAGGACUACAAUUACUGCCGGGAGGACGAGGAGAUUUACAAGGAAUUCUUCGAGGUGGCCAACGACGUGGUCCCCAACCUGCUGAAGGAGGCCGCAGCCCUGGCAGAGACUGGGGAGGACCGCGGUGGGGACCACGCCCAGGGCUCCCCGGCCCAGGGCUCAGCCCUGCAGGACCCCGAGUGCUUCGCCCACCUCCUGCGCUUCUACGAUGGCAUCUGCAAGUGGGAAGAGGGCAGCCCCACGCCGGUGCUGCACGUGGGCUGGGCCACCUUCCUGGUGCAGUCCUUGGGCCGCUUCGAGGGGCAGGUGCGGCAGAAGGUCCGAAUCGUGAGCCGGGAGGCCGAGACAUCGGAGACGGAGGAGCCGUGGGGCGAGGAGGCCCGAGAGGGCCGCCGGAGGGGGCCCCGCAGGGAGUCCAAGCCCGAGGAGCCCCCGCCCCCCAAGAAGCCGGCCCCGGACAAGAACGUGGCCAGGAGACCCGGGGUGGUGGUGGGGGCCCCCAAGGGCCCAGAGGGCGGGGGCCCCGCGCCCGCGGCGCCCCCCCCAGCCUCGCCGCCCCCAGAGGGCCCGGUGCUCACGUUCCAGAGCGAGAAGAUGAAGGGCAUGAAGGAGCUGCUGGUGGCCACCAAGAUCAACUCGAGCGCCAUCAAGCUGCAGCUCACGGCGCAGUCCCAGGUGCAGAUGAAGAAGCAGAAGGUGUCGACGCCCAGCGACUACAGCCUGUCCUUCCUCAAGCGGCAGCGCAAGGGGCUCUGAGCCCUCCCGCCCCGCCCCGCCCCGCCCCCCUGUACAUAGAGCGGUUUUUCAACCUCCGGGAAGAUGAAUAAAUUUUGUUAACAAA